AUGUCUGGAACAGGCGAUGCGCUGGAAGCAGCCAUCUUGCAGGGGGUCGAUGCGAACCCGGCCUCCACCUACCGCGAAGACCGUCGAGCCAGCUCAUCGCACUCGGCGCCCAACACCGACGACGAGCUGGGCUCGGACCUCUCGCACCACGACGACGACCGCCAUCUCUACCAGCGCGACGACGAGGACGAUCUGCCCGCCUCCUCCACCUCCCCUCGCGGCGGCGAUGCGGUCAAGGGCGUGCAGAACUCGCGCACGGCGAACCGCGGUGCCGAAGGCGCCACCAAUACAGGCCCCAAGGGUGUGCUGCGCGACCAGCAGCUGCGCGCCGCCCAAGAAAGCGCCGCGCGCUCAGCCGCCGUACAUGCCACCAACCGGCGCAUGGAGUCGCUCGCGCUGUCCUCGGAAACCUACACGCAGCAGGUGGAGCGCGAACGCCGCGAGGCCGCCUUGCGUCUGCAGCACGAGCUCGACGAUGACCAACACACGGUAAGCCGGGAAGCGAUCGCAGAUCUUCAAGCCAAGGAGCGUCGUCGCGAAGCACGGAUUGCCGAGCUGAAAGCGUUCCAUGCGUCGCGCAGCGCUGCUGACCCCACUGCCUCGGCGGGGGUGGGGAGCAACGAGCGGUGGUUUGGCCAUCUGCGCGAGGUGGACGAACGCGGCUACGUGGCGGCGAUCGACAACGAGCUGCACGACGUGCCCAUCGUGAUCCACAUCUACUCCAAGGCCGUCGAGCAGUGCAACGUGCUCACCGCCGCCCUCGCCGCCCUCGCACGCGUCUACCCGCGCACCAAGUUCCUCCAGGUCCAAGCCGCCGCCAUUGGCUUCGGACACAGUCCCGAGGAUAGCGACGAGGAGUUUGACGAGCUCAAUCCAAAGACUCUCGAGGUCCUCCCGACGCUGCUCGUGUAUCGCGCGGGCAAGCUCGUGGCCAACCUGGUGCGUGUGGAUCUCGACCCCCUCUGGAAUCACGGUUCGGAACAGGAUCUUCGCACUCUGCUACAGCACCACGGUGCCAUCCCCACCUCGUCGCAACCUGCCCCACUAGCCACCGAUCCCUUUUCGGCACACGUUGAUUCGGACGACGAUUGA